CUCAUUUGAAGAUGGUCUCAUUCAUGAAGAAAAAACUAGGCGAGUUAGCGGGUAUGGGCGAUCCUAGCUUACUCCCACCUCCUGAGUACCUUUCGGAGGAGGACUGUUUGAAUUGCUCUGAACCUUGCUCUGAUCAUAAAGAGUACCCUUCUUAUCUAAAUAUUGAGAAGGACUUUCCUAUUUUGGGCUCUGUUAAGCCUUAUGGUCGACAUAUUAUCAUUGCUACUGGUUCAUCUGACUGGCCAAAGCAUAUUGAAAGCGACAGAAAUUCAUUCGCCGCCAGUCUGUAUCAAGUCGAAUGCAAUUCCAGAUCACAGCAGUCAUGGAAGAACUUGGUAACGAACUCGAAUAUGGUUUCCACUUACUCCACACUACCUGAUGCAUAUGACAUCCUACUGUAUCCAGACAAUAUUCUGAUAUCCAAUGUCACGCAAGACAAGGCUCAAGAUUUUUAUGAUAUCUUUAUAAAUACCCCUUUACCAACAUCACCGAUCAAUAUAGAAGAGAUGAUGAAACAUGAAAAGAUAGGUGAUAUGAAGGUCCAAAGGUCUCCCUACAAAUCUACUCUACUGCUUUGCUCUCAUAAAAAGAGAGAUAAACGUUGCGGUGUUACUGCUCCUAUAUUGGCUCAAGAAUUAGAUCAUAUCUUGAGAGAGAAGGGACUCGAUGAAUAUGAUGCUGCUAUUAUCAUGGUUAGUCAUAUCGGAGGCCACAAGUUUGCUGGAAAUGUUGUUUGUUAUAUAAACGAAGGCUCCAAGGGUAUCUGGUACGGAAGAGUCAAGACAUGCCAUUCUGCCGCUAUUGUGGAAGAAACGAUAAUAAAAGGAAAAGUGAUCAAAGACCUCUACCGUGGCGCCAUGGAUAAUAGCUUUGAAAAUCAACAGAAACGAUCUGUUUUAAAGUGGUAAAAUAAAUUUGUAUGUAAAUAAACUUGAAAGUAUUCUCUUGAGACGCG